GGCGAGGAGGUUGACGGGAGAAGAGGUACCUUUUCUGUGAUUGGCUGGUUGCGCCAGCAGCGCUUGCCGAGUAAUGGCUGCCUCCGGGAAGUCCACGUUGGUGCUGAAGUCAGUGAAGUCCAUCGCUAUCCGCUUUUGUCCCUUCGAGUCCAACGUGAGAUCUGCGAGGUGAGUCCCUGCCAGUGUGAUGAUAGCCGCCUCCAUAGUGCCCGGAUACCCACAUAGAGCUAGUGGAAAGCCUUGCUCCUGUCCUCAGCCUUCCCUUUAAGGUCAUUCAAGGCAUGGGGACUCUGUGUAAAGCGGCACUGCCACUUGUAGGGUCUCUCCACUGUCUGAAAACACUGCACAGGGUGAUAUGCCCGCCUGGGCGACAUACUGCCUAAAGGAAUACUUUAGGCACCAUAACCACUUCACCUCAAUGCAGUUGUUAUGGUACCUGGAGUCCCUGUCGUCUUCUUACCUUCCAGCGUUGCACAAGUCGUAAUGUACCCGGGUUGCCCAUCAUCUCGCCUCUGAAAUGCCAACGUGUACCACAGCAGCAGCGAUAAUGUCAGCUGACGUUGUCCGCCUAGCACUGGUCACCCGUUGCGAGUAAUCGUAGUAGAUUUUUUUUUAUAAUCAUAGUAUAGUACGUUUUUUUUACGAGGUAAGUGCGCGUAUUCUUUAUCUACACUGUCAGGCGGAGGAUAGGGUCAGCUGACAUGGUGCUGUCCCUUUGCUGCUUGAGCGAUUGCGCCCACUUUUGCUGAGCACCGACUGAGAGUGUAAAAGGUGCCUGUUAACCCCUUAAGGACACAUGACGUGUGACAUGUCAUGAUUCCUUUUUUUUCCAGAAGUUUGGUCCUUAAGAGGUUAAACGGCUCGCAAAUGGUUACUCAUUGGUAGAUAACAUGUCACCAGUGAGCUCCAAGCACUGUAACCACUUAAUCGUGAAGAUGUGUUCAUGGUGCCCAGUGUAUUCCUUUAACUGUUUCUCCCUGGCGGCCCCAUCUUCUUACUGCUAUACUUUUUAGGUUCCUAGCAACGUCACUCACCGGGGUGAGGCUCUGAGCAUGGGAACUCCUCCACAGCAAGGCCCUUGUUUGGUAGCUCAUAUCUCCCGAAUGUUGUUCGUGUAGGUGGUCGAGAACUGGGGCUGCCCACUUCGGGAGACAAUAUGUCCAUGCUCUCGGCCACGUGUUCGGUCAUACGAACUGGCGGCCACCCGGGGAAGCACUUAUUGUUUCCCUUGCAGUUUUGCACUAUAGUGGUAGGUGUCAACGUUCUAAUUGGGCACAGGGGUGGUCCUCGUUUGGGAGACAAAGGGAUUCCGGUUUCUAUGAAGUCUCCCGAACAGCCAAAGAGGAACCACGCAAAAUAAUAGGAGAAAAACACAUGAAGGGUAGAAGUUUUAUUACAGGGGGUACAGCCAAAAAAGGAGAACAAAAAGGAUCUGGUAAGCGUCUAUUCCUUUACAGCCUGCAAAAUCAUAGGUGGCUCAUAAACUGUGAGAAGUCUCAACUGACCACAACCAGAUAGUUCAGCUUUUUGGGACUAAGCCUAGAUCCCAUCUCUAUGAAACGCCUGUACUUCCUGUAGGGAAGUAACGAAAGCAAGCUCGAUUCUCAUGGGGAAAUAAAAAGACCUGUAAUAUCAGCUAUUCCAGUGGUCAAGUGGGCCAAAGCCAAGAUGAGAGCACUAGAUUGACAUUUUAGCAGAAUUGGACCAAUGGGAUGGUUUACUGGAUCAUUGAAUGUCUUUAUGGGAAGGCACUAUCAAAAGUUUCAGUUGCUGGAUGAUGACACAUUUUCCUUCAGUAGGGCCUUUCGUUCAGGCUAAAGAGUUCAACCUGAGGUUGGUUGAGGUUAAACAAGAGUUAUAGGCCAGAUUUCCUGGAUUCUCUAGCUAUGAUAUUGAAUUUCCAUUUCUCAUACAUUUUUUUCCCUCCAUUUGUUCUUAUCCCAUGGGUGGUAAACAAAAUCAUCAAAGAAAAUUCUCAAGUGAUCCUCUGAAUUUCUUUUUGAUUAAGGAGAAGUUGGCUCUCGAAACUGAUGUGCCUUUCAAAAGGAAAUACUGGACACUUUCUUUUAAGGAGAACAUCCUGGAGUAUUAUCUCCAUCCACUAGAGACUAUGAAGAACUUUAAAUUGACAGCAUGGUGUAUGAAUGGCAGAUUCUCUCUCUCCUCCAGGGGUUUAGAAGCAAAUGUUAUUGCUAUUAUAGUACAAGCUAAAAAGGAUUCCACAAGUAAAGUUUGAGGAUUUGAAAGAAGUGUGUAUCAUACCGACAAAAUAGACCCUCUGCUUCCAGCUUUUGUUCCAAACUUUGUAAAAUUUCCUCAACUGGUAUUUUUCAAGGGACCUCGAUCUGAAUCCAUGAAGUUUCAAAUAUUCUGCAUUAGGUUCUUCUCCGUUAGCAAUCUGGGAUUGCAACCACUGAUCUCUUGAUUCAUCAGAGUUGAUUCCAAUCUAGCUCCUACCAGUGGAGAAAUCAUUUCUCUUCUGGGAUGUAAAUUUAGUUCUGUCGCCACUUUGCGAACCUCCCUGUGAGUCCAUGUCAUCAUGCAAUAUCUACAUUCAUGGAAAACUAUAUUUUUGUUGACCAUUACAUCAGCCAAAAGACUGGGGGAUUUAAGGCUAUUACUCAUACUGAACCCUACCUGGUUUUCCAGUUUGACAAAGUCAUUCUAAGAUUACACCCAUCUUUUAAACCCCAGAUUUCUUCUCUGAAUAACAUCAGUCAAGAAAUAAUUUUGUACGCAUUAUGUAAGAAUCCAAAACUCAAAGAAGUAAGGUUUCCUUCAUUCGAUGUAAAGAGCUAUAUUUCAAUAAUUUGGACAGAACCAAGAAAUUUUGUAAAUCUGCUCCUUCUAUUUGCCCUUUACAGAGGAAGCAACAAAGGUUAACAUAGCUUCCACGUGACUAAAGUUGAUUUGGAUCAAAUAGGCUAUUUCUCUAGCUUACUAAGAAUAAGUCUCCUCCGUUACUACAAGCACAUUUGCUAUUUUAACUUCAUGGGCCUCUAAGGCAUUGGCCUUUCCAGAAGAAAUCUGCAAAGCUGACACUUGGUCUUCCAUUAGCAAAUUUACCAAGUAUUACCGAUUUGGAUGUUAAGGCCUCUAAAGUUUUAUGUUUUGGGAGUAAGGUUCUGGUUAAAUGUAGACCAGACCCAACCAUUCGUAAACAUAUGUAUAUCUCUUGAGUGUGUACUGCCUCUAUCUGCAGUGGUAACACAAAAUUUUACUUGCCGUAAAAAAAUAUUCAGUAGGAUUAGAGGCAGUGCAAGUUUCCCUCUUUAUUGAUAUUUUGCAGUACUUUUUUUGUGUAAUUUCUGGAAAUGUUUGGGCAUUGUGACAAUGUAUACUGUGGGUAGGAGGAGUAUUAGGAGGGGAUCAAAGUCUCUUCCUUAGGCUGCCUGUACUGCAGAAGAUCCCUCAGGUGUGUACUGCCUCUAAUCUUCAUUCUGAAUUAGAACCUUCUCCCCCUCUCUCUAUAUUUCCUAGUGUUGUGCAGUGUUUUUUUUUUUUUUUUUAAGACUUUUUUUUUUUUUUUGGUGCGUUUCAGACUUUCAGAGGGCACUAUAGUGUUAGUAAUGCAGAUUUGUAUUCCUAACACUAUAGUCUCUUUAAAGAGCUUUCAAGCUCUAUAUUUGUCUGUUUUUGUGGGGGGUUUUCCCCCCAAAUCUGUGAAAUGUACGAUUGAAAGUGCGGGCACAGGCAAGUCAGUAAGCUGAAGUGGUUAUAGUGUCUAGAGUCUUUUUUAACUUAAUUCAAAUGCUGUUAAUUUGUGGAAAUUUUUAUGUGUGCGUGACUUAAAGAUUUGUAGACAAUGUUGACUGUAAUGGAUUCCUUUCUUUUGCAGGUAUAGAACCCCAUGAGACUUUAUCUACUUUAAGUUGUUUUGUUUAAUUUCUGUAUAUUUCCCCUAUAUAAGUUUGUAGACAUUAUUUAUUUUAUCUUGCAGAGAAUUCUUGGAAGCUAUAAAUUUUAAAAAGGUUCGUACGACAAACCUAAAGUGCCAGGUGACUGUAGAUGCAAGACACGAUAAAUCUGAGCCUCAAGUAGACAUUCUGUUUGGUAAGUAGCCCAUAAUAUGUAAUCCAGAAAUCUCAGUCAGUGAUGUUGAAGGAUAUGUAUCCCAAGGUCCAUGUGUCACCCCCUUCUUCCAUGCUGUAAAUGUGUGGUUAAGGAUCACAAAAAAACUGUACAGGGUUCACAUAAUGGGUGAUUAUCAUUGCCAUAUUAAAAAAAAAAAAAAAGUUUUGAAUACAGGGACCCAAUUAUCUAUGUAUGAGCAAAUUAUAUAUAUAUAAAAAAAAAGUAAUACUGCAGUAGUCCACUAGAGGCCAUAAGAGACUGGUACAUUGCGCACGAUUGUUGAAGAAAAGAAAAACGUUAACCUGAAAAUGUUAGCACUGAAAGGUUUAGUUACCAAAGUGAGAAUUCAAAGUGAAUUUCAAAUUUUUAAUGUCAAAAUAGCCAAACUGGAGCAAUUCUUGAACUAUGCUUCCAGAUUUAAAUUUAAAAUUCACGCUGAAUUCUCACUGUAUAAAAUAAACCUGGGAGUGAUGCAACAGCAUUAUAAUAUAUAGAAAUAAAGUGGUAAAUACUUUCCUUUGAAAAAGUUUGUUAAAAUUAACUAGGGAUCGACCGAUAUUGGAUUUUUUAGAGCCGAUACCGAUAUUCUGUGAACUUUCAGGCCGAUAGCCGAUAUAAUUUGCCGAUAUUCUGUACAUUUACCAUUUUGGAAAAUAAAAACUAUUUCUAAAGGUAAAUGCACAAAAUAUACAUGCCACAUAUAGUGGAUGCAGUGUGUUUAGACAGGGGAGCAGUGUGUGUUUGUGUAGUGGAUGCAGCGUGUGUUUGUGUUGUGUGUGUGUGUGUUGAGGAUGCAAUGUGUGUUUGUGUAGUGGAUGCAGUGUGUAUUUGUCGAGUGUGUGUAGUGGAUGCAGUGUGUAUUAGUGUAGUGUGUAUAUAAUGAAAGCAGAGUGUUUGUGUAGUGUGUUGGUAGUGUGCAUAAAGUGAAUGCUGUAUAUACUAAAUGCAAAGUGUGUGUGUGUGUUUGUAUAGUGUGUGUAUAUAAUGCAUUGUGUUUGUGUAGUGUGCAUUAUAUAAACACACUACACAAACACACUGCAUUAUAUACACAAACUAUGCAAACACACUGCAUUAUAUACACACACUACACAAACACACUGCAUUAUAUGCAGUGUGUGUGUAUAUAAUGCAGUGUUUGUGUGUAGUGUGUGUAUAUAAUGCAGUGUUUGUGUGUAGUGUGUAUAUAAUGCAGUGUGUGUAUAUAAUGCAGUGUGUGUAUUUGUGUGCAUUGUAUACACACACACACACACACACACACACACUGCAUUAUAUACACAGUGUGUUUGUGUAGUGUAUGUGUAUAUAAUGGAGUGUGUGUGAGGGGGCAUUUUUUAUUAAAUUAUUAUUUUUUUAGAUUUAAUUAUUUUUGUUGUUGUCCCCCCUCCCUGCUUGUUUCCUGGCCAGGGAGGGGGGAUAUAGCAGUCCCUGGUGGUCCAGUGGAAUUGGCUGAGCUCUGGGGGGAGCGGCAUUAAGCGCUUACUCACCUCCCAGCAGCUCCUCCACCUCCCAGCAGCUCCUCCAGCUCCCCAGUUGCACUGGGGAGCUGGGGGAGCUGCGGCAAUAUCGGUAUCUGAAUUGGCCGAUACGAUAUUGCUGAAAAUACCGAAUAUCGGCCGAUUAUAUCGGUAAAACCGAUAAUCGGUCGAUCCCUAAAAUGAACCCUAGAGCUUUAGGAAUGUAAAUCUGUAUUCCUAAUGUUGUAGUUCCCCUGUUCCUACUCCUUUUCAGGUCACCCACCCCGGAUGCAAUAAAAAUGUAAUAAACUUAAGAUUUACUUACCUUUUUCCAGCACAGAGGCUUAGCUGUCCUCCCCAAGCGACCUCAUGUAGCACACAAGGCCUCCUCCGCGAUGGUCCAAUCUAAUACUCUUCAUAGAAGAGUAUUUGGGAACUGUUGUUGCAAGUGCCGCAUUGAAAAUUCUUCAUAGAAAAGCAUUAUAUCAAUGUUUUCCUAUUGGGUUGCCACAUGUUUUAAUUGGUCAGAGCAACUGAAGUGCCUCUAGUGCAUGUCAUACUAACAGCCACUAGAGGUGGUCGUAGUCCUGCAUUGUGAACAUUGCCCUUUCUCAAAAACUGUGGUGUUAUUUUUUUAGGGCUAAGGGGACAGGAUGACUACAGGGUUCCUUUAAAUUAAGGCACGUGAAAACAAAGGCUGAUAUUCAUCUAAUGCAUCAGUCUAAUUUUAUUUAAUGUUCAAGAUUUCAGAAGUUCUGUAUCCAUUGUGAUUUUUCUCAAGCCAUUUUGUGAAUGGGGAGAUAUUGAUUGGCUGAGAGCAUAAGCUGAUGCUACCAGCCAUUCAGUGGCUCUCCUGGCCAAAGCUUGUUCUUUCAAGAGUCUAAGCCGCAAUAAGGCACGAAUAUAUAAAGAAUUAAAAAAAAACAAACAAAGAUUCUGAACAGCGGAAGGACGGGGGAAGAGUUGGGUAUGGAACUUUGGACAUAAAUAGUUAUUGAACAGUUUAACCCCUGAAGUUAAGCUGACCCCAAGGACCUCCUGGCACCAUAACAACUUAAUUCAAAUGACAUUGUUAUGGUACCCUGAGCUUUCCUUUGAUCUGUACAUUGUGUUAGUAAUGUUUCAUUGAAAAUCUAUGCUCACCUGCUCAGUCCUAGAAUGCUAUGUAAAGCUGUGGUCAUUGCCUCCUCUGUGGAAAAUGUUGACAAGGCUAAUAUUAUGCAGUAGGGUAAGAUAUAAGGUUACAUUCCAUCCUUGGAGCUGUUAGAAAGAUGAAAAAUGUACAGCACCAGACCUGUGUAGAUUCACUAAGGCUAUACGUACAGUAUAGCGCUGUAGAAUAAUCCUUUAUAUUAUGGUAUUACUCUCCGCCUUUUGCCUAAGUUUGCCCUUUGCGCUGUAUCAGGACAAUUUGUUUGAACACAUGUGAUUGAGCCACACACGUUAUCUGGAUCUGUAUUCAUAUCUCUAUAUAGCUGUAAGUUAGGUCUAAAAAAAAAAAAAGUGUUAAACACAAUCGUCAAUAUUAAAUAAGAAUAUUUAUAUCAUUAACCAGUUGUUUGGUAUUGAAACUUGUAGAUGGAAUGUUUUUGUCAAUAGAGAGCCAACGUGCCACUUUUGCAUAGGCGAUGGAUGUUAAUAUGGGGCAGAAAUGCAGCAUGCAUUAGAAAUGUUAUUAAAAUAUAAUUUUAAUGAAAUUCUGCAUUUUGAAUGAACAGCAAACAGAACCGUGUACACAAAGUGUUACAGAGCAGACAAGAAGAAAAGUACCGUCAUUUUCAGUUCAUCACAAUCGCUAAAUAAACUUUCUAAAGUAUUGGUAAACCAUUAAAUGCAGACAAAGUAUGUGAUAUAAAGUAAUAAAUAACAAACAUACUUUAAUGGUAUAUAAAAAAAUAUAUAUACUGGUAAAAAAAAAUUAAAAAAUUUGUUGAAAUCCCUCAGCGUAUGUAGCCUCUUACAGGACCUGAAUAUGACAACAAAAGGCACGUUAAAUUGAAAGUUUUUUAUUUUAACUGAAACUUUUUUUUUUUUUUUUUUAAAGCUUGCCUGGGUUGUACUCUGCCUAUAAUUGUCUCUAGGUGUCUUCAGGCAUUUCAAAUAAGCAUUUCCUCUUCCUUGUACAGGAAUCUGGCUUUAAACAGAAAAAACAAAAAUCGGCAUUUCUCAUGGCAUGGUCAAAAUGGUUCUCGUGAGACUUUAGCUUGUGUUUGUGGCCUGCACUGUUUUUUCUGUUUUCCGUAGCCACAUGGUGGUCACUUCCACAUAUUUAACUUGGAAAGGUUGAAUGGUGACCUAUCAUAGGAACUGGAGGCUUUGAUGUGCUAGAUUGCAUUGUAGUGUUUUGCCAAUGGCAACCUCAGGGGUCCAUGCUUUACUCACAACUGAGUAAGUUUUCCUCUUCAGAUACUCAAGCAUUGAUGUAUUUAGCUUUAGGUCUGUGCUCUCUCCCAUAUACACUUUUCCACAUGCACUAGUUUUAUAUGUGGGAUGAAUAUGUGGUGAUAUUUUUUUUUUUUACAAUUAAGUUGAAUAUGUAGCAAUAUGUGCAUUUUCUAUAUUUAUGAAACAUUUGUCUGAAUUUUUUAAUUUUUUUUUUUUUUUUAUAUCCCUGUAAAAUGUAAACGUGUGAUUAUUAUGUAUGUGUUGUGGUUCGCAUGUGACAAUAUGAAGCUCAUUAUUGUUACUGGCAGCACUGCACAAUUGGGGGAAAAUACAUUAAAUUUAGACAGACCAAUACAAAAGGCAGUGAUGUUCUGGUCCGUAAGUUGAGAUCUAGCCACUGUUGUUCUCUUAUACGAAUACUUGCUAGAUAGCCUGUGAGCUUACAUUCUUGAAGAGUUUAAAAUGGGGAGUUGAGACCAGAGGUAGCAGCGUAAAUAUAAAAUUGACGGCAGAGAGAAUGAAAGGAUAAUUGCAUCCACUGGUAACAUGUAAAAGGAAUGAGGGGACUGAGUGUGAUGUCAAACAGCUGGAAUAGUAUGCUAUUAAUUUAGAAGGAAUAUGGGUAGAUAGUGUUUAGUGGACAUGAAAUGGCUCUGUUUCUAUUGGUCAAAGGAACAGGAAUGGAGAUAGUUAUUUGAAGGUAUUUACUGCUGGGAGGGACAAGGAAUGGAGGGUGAAGUGGUAAAACAAACAAUGCUGCUCAAAGGUUCUGAGGUAAACUUUGGAAAAUGUGUACUAUUGAAUGGAGGGAUGGAACCAGUGAACACCAGGCACUAGAACCAAUACAUUGAAUGAGAUGAAGUGGUUAUAGUACCUAGAGUGUCCCUUUAAUUACAUUUGUUUUAUUUACCUAAAUGGACCGUGUUAUUUAAAAUACAUUAAAGGCACACUAUAGGGUCAGGAACACAAACAUGUAUUCCUGAACCCUGUAGUGUUAAAAACACUAUCUGGCCCCCUUUGCCCCAGUAAAUAUCAUAAAAUCUUACCUUUAUUCCAGUUUCCUGGUGCUGGCUCUACCCCUGAUCUGCCUUCUUGGCUGACAUCGUCAGAGGUGAUGACUCAGACAACCACAAUGCUUUCUUUUCUUUGAAAAGUCAGUUUAUUGCAAAAGGCCUGCAGGGAAUAAUUAUACUCACUAGAACAACUACAUUAAGCUGUAGUUGUUCUGGUGGCUAUAGUGUCCCUUUAACAGUUCCAAACAUUUAAAAAAAAAAAAAAUGUUAAAAAAAAUCUCAUGAUCAUGCAACUGCAUUUUUUUUCUAUUAAUGAAUUGAUUGGCAGUAAUGACAGUUCCAUUUUUAAAAAUAAUUGCAAAUGCUGUGUUUUAUCAUUUUACAGAAGUAACCUUUCUUUCUUUUAAUUCCUUAGAUGAUGGUGAAAGACUCUUGAUAAAGUCAGCCAAUGUGACAUCCAAGGAAAUGCUGUCGGCUUUGAAUGCUAAAUGUGUGUCCAAAGACUCCCAGGCAAAAGAAACGGGGAGAAAAUAGCAAAUCAAUAGUUUUUUUUUUUUUUUUUUGCAAACCAUUUUCAUCAAGAAAAUACAAGAGCAGCAGUAGCAGACUCAUAAUUAUCAUGUCAUGUCCUGAUUGGCAGUUCACAUGUCUCCGGUUAUAGUCCUAAACAACCGAAGACGAAAAUGUGAUGUUUGUAUCUUUAAACUCUUUAAUAAUUGUUACGUAGCUCAUUAUUGUUGUUGAAUGUGCCCUUGUAUAUAACGCCAUCUGUCUAAUUAUACCGAAAAUUAAAGAUGGUAUUUAUUUUUUUUGUUGUUGUCACACAGGAAUUCUUGAAAUGUAAAUAUGGAGAAGCCAUUAAAAGAAGAAAAAUACACAAUAAUACCAAAUAUUGAAUUGGCAGUAAUUUUCUGUGUGGGAUAGUCACGCUGGAUUCCCCAAAUAAUUAAAAUACACUGUGUAAAACGCACGAGUUUGGCUCUGGAAAACAAAUUUAAAAUCAGUUUUUAUAAUCAAAAAAAUAAAGUAUGGAAAUAUUUGUGAUAAUGCAUUUAAA